UGUUGUUGCGCCUGGAGAAUAUCAAAAUAAAAGCCACCACUGCGUUAUUCUAAAGUAUAUCAUGCGUAUUUCCGUCAGCGCAGUUGCACUCCUUCUCGCUAGGGGGAGGUAGAUGAAAGCCGGGAGCGCGCUGGGUACCUGGGUAAUCGAGGAAACUCAAGAGAUUCCUCUCCGUAGCUAACGGUAGCUAGCCCCGGCUGCUAAUCUUCUGGACAACGCAGUUGUGGUUGUGUUUAUUGGCCGUUUCAAUGUCCACGUCUUUUGUCCUUCGUACUAAAGGGAUUUUCUAACGCGCCGUCAGUGACAAAAGUGAGGCAGACCCCGACGGACACGUUUAAAUACGCUGGAUGUUCGGUCACUCUUGCUUUCACCCAGGAUGGUAGCCCAUAAGCAAGCCAGCUAGCUAGUUAGCUGGCUAGCCAACCUGCUAAAAUAGCCAAAUAGCAGCACAGUCCGGAUGCUCUGAACAGCAACGCAGCGGGUUUUUUGGGGUGUUUCAAGUCGGCCUCGCAUGAUGUCAAACAACCGGCCGCAGCAAAGCGCCGGCGGGGCGGGUUCAGUGCCCAGCACAAGCAACGUUAGCGGCGGCAUCAGCGGCGCAGGAGGCAACGGGAACACGAACGGUGGCGGUGGGAGCAACUCAGUCACAAGUAAUGGCAACAAUUCUGGAAAUGUUGUGCCCUCCCGGACCAUGGUAGGAGCCAGCGAUGCCGGCUUGUCGGUGCCAACGUUGGCCGCCGUGCCGUCGUCCCGGGGCGGCUUUGCGUCUCUGAGCAGACCCGUCGCGACCUCGGGCAGCAGAAAGAAAUCCCUCCACCAAGCACCCCUCUACAACGGCCUGUUGAAUUCAUACGAAGAUAAAAGCAACGAUUUCGUCUGUCCUAUUUGCUUCGAAAUGAUAGAAGAGGCACACAUGACAAAGUGCGGGCACAGUUUUUGUUUCAAGUGUAUCCGCCAGAGUCUGGAGGACAGCAACAGGUGUCCAAAGUGCAACUACAUCGUCGAUAAUGUGGAUCAGCUCUACCCGAACUUUCUCGUAAAUGAACUGAUCCUUAAACAGAAACAAAGGUCGGAGGAGAAGAGACUAAAAUUGGAUCAUCCUAAUGGGUCGAGGUGGCAGGUGUUCCAGGACGUGUUGAGUCCCGACCAGGAGAACUUGGACCUGGCUAAUGUCAAUCUGAUGCUGGAGCUCCUGGUCCAGAAGAAGAAGCAGCUGGAGGCGGAAUCCCAAGCAGCUCAGAGGCAGAUCCUCAUGGAGUUCCUAAAAGAAGCCAGGAGAAACAAGAGAGAGCAACUGGAGCAGCUGCAGAAAGAGCUCAGCUUUCUUGAAGAGGACAUUAAGCGUGUUGAGGAGAUGAGCGGGCUGUACUGUCCCAUGAUGGAGGCCGAGUGUACGGUGCCUAACGUCGAGGCUCCAUCACCAGCACCCAGCUGCAGCAGUAUUAUGGAGCCACCAGACUACAGCCAGCCUCCAGGAUUUGGUGGAACAACCCAGGGCAAAAGACAGACUUGGUACAACAGCACCCUGGCGUCGAGGAGGAAGAGGCUGACGGCUCAUUUUGAGGAUCUGGAGCAGUGCUACUUCUCCAACAAAAUGUCCCGCAUUACAGACGAAGGCAGGAACCUGAACCAGCUGGAUGACUUCAUGGAGUGUCUGUCCAAGUUUACCCGUUACAACUCUGUGCGGCCGCUUGCCACCCUCUCGUACGCCAGUGACCUCUACAACGGCUCUAGUAUUGUCUCCAGUAUUGAGUUUGACCGUGACUGUGACUACUUCGCCAUCGCCGGUGUGACCAAGAAGAUCAAGGUGUUUGAGUACGGCACCGUGAUCCAGGAUGCCGUGGACAUCCACUACCCUGUAAAUGAAAUGACCUGCAAUUCCAAAAUCAGCUGUAUCAGCUGGAGCAGCUACCACAAGAACCUUCUGGCCAGCAGUGACUACGAGGGUACUGUCAUCCUGUGGGAUGGGUUCACCGGCCAGAGGUCCAAAGUCUACCAGGAACAUGAAAAAAGGUGUUGGAGUGUUGACUUCAACCUAAUGGACCCCAAGCUGUUAGCCUCCGGUUCUGAUGAUGCGAAAGUGAAGCUAUGGUCAACAAAUCUUGACAACUCGGUGGCCAGCAUCGAGGCCAAGGCCAAUGUCUGCUGUGUGAAAUUCAGCCCAACCUCCAGGUAUCAUCUGGCCUUUGGCUGUGCAGACCACUGUGUCCACUACUAUGAUCUACGCAACACUAAGCAGCCCAUCAUGGUAUUCAAAGGCCACAGGAAGGCUGUGUCCUACGCCAAGUUUGUCAACGGAGACGAAAUUGUUUCUGCUUCCACGGACAGUCAGCUGAAGUUGUGGAACGUCAACAAACCUCAUUGCCUGCGCUCCUUCAAGGGUCACAUCAAUGAGAAGAACUUUGUGGGCCUGGCUUCCAACGGAGACUAUGUUGCCUGUGGCAGUGAAAACAACUCCCUGUACCUAUACUACAAAGGGCUGUCAAAGACGCUGUUGACAUUCAAGUUCGACACAGUUAAGAGUGUCCUGGACAAAGACAAGAAGGAAGACGACACCAACGAGUUUGUCAGCGCUGUCUGCUGGAGAGCCCUGCCCGAUGGAGAGUCAAAUGUCCUGAUUGCUGCAAACAGUCAAGGAACAAUUAAGGUUCUUGAACUGGUCUGAAGGCCCCGCCAUGUCUUCAGUGUGUGAUAUAACGUCCAUCAGCCUCUCUUUAUCUGGUAGAGGAUCAGUCUGAUGCAGAGAGGAGUCCAGGCCGCCCCGCUGAAACCAGGAUACCCGACGACAGCGGGAGAGCUCAAAUGAACUGAACCACCGUCUCACUUUUAAUGAGCCGCAGCAGAAAAGACUUUGGACCAGUACAUCAGUAUAGCAGGAGAAGAUGUGUUGUCAAUUAACAGCAAAAGAAACGGGGACCUAGCUUGGGCACACAAUGGAACAAGAGACUUUAGCAAGCUUUUUUGUUGUUGUUUCUUUACUGUAAAAUUAUAUCGGCUGCAAUAGAAACGCCUCGUUAUGAUUUUAGGUCAAAUCAAAACUUGUACCUUUUUUUUUCUUUUAAUUAAGCUGUUGCUCUCAAGGGUACAUCCAGCCAAACGCUACCAGUGUGAUGCAUUUUCUUACUUUUAAAGGCCAAUGCACAAGACACAAUCACAAGGGAAAAUCAUGACUUUUAAACCGCCCACCCCCUCCCAACACACACACACACACACACCUACAUAAAUCUUUUGUCAACCGACUGUUCUCCCUCUUUACAUGUAGUUUUUUUGUGUUUUUCAGAUUGGGAGAAACCAGUUUUAAUAAAUAUGACUUGAAUUUCAUUCUGUCGAGCCUAUCGUCGGUUCCUUCUCUGGCUUAAGUGUAGAAUGUGAGGUAUUGAACGGAGGACGACCAGUGGAUCAUGGACAUCUAUUCUCAUGUAGCUUAAGGCAUUGAUCUGCAAUGCUGCAUCAAACUGGAUUAUUUUUCCAUUUACGCAAGCUGUUUGUUGAAAGACGAGAACCUCACCGAAUCAAGAUAUAGUUCUCUUUUAAAGUAGCAACUGAAUUAGUCUUCACAUAACUGGAGGUUAAAACAUCUUGACGCAGGCCUCUGUGGAGGGGUGAUCCCUGUUGACAACAUUGUCACGAAGAGGAUUUUGGUCAACACCGCCAAGACCUACCUAUUUUAUGAUAACUGAGUGAGAGAGGUGUUUUGUAUUUGUAUAACUGAAUAAAUUAUUUCGAAACAAUUUGGUCCCGUUUGUUCUUUUUUUUAAUGAAUUUAUUUUUAAUAUUUUUGGCAUUUCAAACAUUCUCUUGACCGCCCAUA